UAUUCACGCUAAAUUAGCGCGGGAAAGUUUUAAAAUUUGGCGCGCAUUAAUUUAACCAUUAUUGUUCCAUUCUAUUGAUAAGUAAACAGAAAUAGAACAACAGCGUCACCAUCGGAUGAAUGGAUUAAAAAGAGAACCUCAUAAAACGUUUCAACCAAACACGUUGAGAUAAAUAACAGAUUCUCUUCUUUAUCGACAGAGUAAACUGAACGUUGCUUUAUAAUUUCUAUUUUUGUCAUGUACGGCGUCGUCAUCGAGAAAAUUACUAUUACGUAUCUUGUCUAUCUUGAAUUGUUUAUUUCGUGUCCGGGAGGGCGCUGUGAAAUCGUGGGUCGUGCGCUGAAAGGCAAAUGGCCGGUGCAGCGCGUGCGAGCGGGCUACGCGUACGACGACGAGGUGUACAUCGCGGCGUAUCGUUCGGUGAUGUGCAACGAGUAAUGUUAAGUGUACGGGACGGUCAGUGAAUACCGUGUAAAUAAACGUGAUGCGAGGGGCCUUACGUUUGAGGCCAUGUAAGACCGGUCUGUUGGUGGGCCGGCGAUGACCACCGAAAAUCCCCCGAGCGCGGUGAUGAAAUCCGUGUCGGAGGGCGAGCUGGGCGUGGAAGAGGUUGUUAAAUCGUACGAUACCAAAACCCGAGACUCUGGUUCGAAAUUAAAGAGAACCUUUACGCUUCCGAGGAAUUUAUUACAAAGUGCCACGAGAAUGUCGAAGCGUCGAAUGAAUAAGAGUCGUGAUCCCAAGGACGUCAGCAGCGCUGCCAGUGCAAAAGAAAAUUCGAAGAACAACGUGCAACAGCAGCAACAACAGCAACAAUAUAAUACGGUCGAUAACAGUAUGCAGCAGAACGUAGGAAGAUUACACGGUGGGAAUAACCAGCAGGCAUACCACCAAGAGAAAUCUGCCAGCAAGAAAGUCUUCGUAAUGUCAUCCUGGAAGAAAUUCAUCAAGAUUAUGCAACACAUGUCGAAUGUAGGUACGCAGAACAAAAACUCUCACAGGGACGAGCUCAGUUCUAGUGCAACGGAUAUUCGAGUGCCACCACCGAGGCCGGCACACAUUCCACCAGACAGAGUACCCGGCGUUAUAGGUCUGCGCAAUCACGGCAACACGUGCUUCAUGAACGCCGUACUUCAGUGUCUCUCGCACACAGACAUACUAGCCGAGUAUUUCGUUCUCGACCAAUACAAGGUCGAUCUCUCGCGACGUAACAAACUUAAUUCGAAGAAGUACGGUACGAAAGGUGAAAUAACGGAACAGUUAGCUUUACUUCUAAAAGCAAUUUGGAGUUGCCAAUAUGACCCAGAGAUGAGCACCGCUUUUAAAAGCGUUGUUGAUAAAUAUGGUAGCCAAUACCGCGGUAAUCUUCAACACGAUGCCCAGGAGUUCCUUCUCUGGCUUCUUGACAAGGUUCACGAGGAUCUUAAUCAGGCCACCAAAAAGAAGUACAAGAUCAUAAAGAAUUCCUUUGGAAGACCCGACGAGAUCGUAGCUGCUGAAACAUUAGCGAAUCACAAUCGCUGUAACAAUUCCUUCGUUCACGACGUAUUCCAGGCACAAUUUCGAUCUAGUCUUACGUGUCCGAGGUGUCAUCGGCAAUCAAACACGUUUGAUCCGUUCCUUUGCGUGUCGGUACCAGUCCCACAAAAUCAUCGACAGAUGAGUCUCUUUGUGAACGUUCUCUACACAUCUCAACAGCCACGACAAGUUAGGAUUGGCGUCACCGUGAAUCAAGCUGCGAACGUGAGAGAACUCAGAGAAAUUUUAGCAAGUGACACCGGCAUCGAAGAGAAUCAUAUGUUGCUGACUGAAGUUCAUGACGAAGGAUUUCACAGGACAUUCUCUGAUUGUCAACCAUUGUCUGUGAUCACAGAAAAUGAUCCCCUUUACUGUAUAGAACUACCGCAGUUGAAAGAGCCAACUGAACAGGCAUACAUUUUACUGGUAUGGAUCAACGUUCUCGUAAAGGGUGAUUUGAGGCAACGCUUUGGUAGCCCUUACACAAUGCAAGUUUCUCGUGAAACGUCUUACGAAGAUCUUCAGAAACUUUUACUCAAGGAAAUGCAUAGUACCUUGACCGACGAUGUUUUAACAUCCAGCCAAAAUCCAGGACUAUUCAACAUUCGAGUAGCUGAUCCAGCAGCGACACCUAUUCAAGACGAACAUCCUUGCAUUGAUCCUUGCGUCGAACAUCCACUUUAUACGGAACAAAUCGAACAAGCAUUGGCACUCUGUGCCGAUGAUUCCGGUCCACAGCACGUGAAACUAAUUCUCGAAUGGGACGAGGCUACGAAGAAUAAUAUCAUUCAAGAUGACAGUGAUCAGAUCGAAGAGCACGCCAGUGUGAAGCAAUUAAAGACUAAUUCUGAGUUAGGUGGAGCGGUUACGUUGGAAGAAUGUUUUGAUCUUUAUACGAGAGCGGAGACGUUAGGAGCCGAAGACGCCUGGCAUUGUCCUUAUUGUAAUAAGAAACAAGAAGUCGUGAAGAAGUUAGGACUUUGGACUUUACCUGAUAUCUUAGUAAUACAUCUGAAAAGAUUUCGUCAACAAUCCAAACAGAGAUCGACGUCGAAAUUGACAAUGCUCGUAGAUUUCCCUCUUUAUGGUUUUGACAUGACUCCUCAUCUUGCUCAUAAUGGAGUACAAACACAUAAUAACGUUCCUACACUUGGCGGCUUGGGUUGGUCUCCAUGGAAAAAGCCAAGACCACGACAACAAAGUAUUUCUAAAUACGAUGAGAAUGUAUAUGAUCUUUACGCUAUUUGUAAUCACCAUGGCCAAGAUCUUCAGGGUGGCCAUUAUACAGCAUUUUGUAGAAAUCCAUACGACACUCAAUGGUAUUGCUUCGAUGAUACAAGAGUCGAGGCUGUAAACGAUACUAAUCUUAUCACGAAUGCAGCUUACAUGUUGUUUUAUCAACGAAGAGGUUUGACUAGUAACUCUACUGGAAAUUCCUCAGCGGCCUCCACAAGUUCGGCGGGCUCGGGUCUUGACCAUUGGGUUUCUAAGAUGCCACCGUUUUAUUUUAAUAAUAAAACUAGUUGUAACGUCACAAAUAAUAAGCAAACCAAAGAAGCGAAACGUGGCAACCGAAACGGAUGCUGGACAUAUUGACCAUUGCUCGGACGACGAAGCUCCUUGUAGAAGAGAAUGGGCUUCACCAAAACCCGUAAGAAAAACGUCUUCUAUCACUUUGACGCCUCAUGUACCAGUAGCAAUAAUUCAAAAUGCCAAUAGUAAUCCAGAUACAACGGUGAUACACGAAUCAACAUUGUAACACACAAUGUAAGCCAGAUUUUGUCUGGCUCGAGCGUCGCUCAAUGUUCAGUGCCUGGAAUGUUGUAUGCUCAUGAGUUUCAUUAGAAGACGAUGAUAUAAUGAAGGACAAUUUGAUAGAACUUAAUAAAUCGUUGUUGAAAGAGUGUUUGAGAUAGAUAUUCUAGAUGACGAACACUAUUAAUCUUUCACUUUGAAUUUAUAUACAAUGCUUUUUCGUACAGAAGUUGCGAAAACCAUGAGGGAUCUCAAGAGUUCUGCUCUUCUUUUUUGAUGUUAUUUCUACAAUCUAUAUAAAAAGUUUGAAAAAAAAGAGUGUGAUUUUUUCAAAUGGACAAAAUUUCAAGCAUUAGUGAUUUUUGUAUUUAUAAUAAUGUUUGUAUACAGUUCGCGUGAAAUGUAUUAUAUACGAUGUAGUUAUUAUUAGGGUAAUUUUUCAAAACAGAUAUUAUAUAUCGCGUGUCAAGAACUGCAACAACCACAAGAAGAUAACAAAAAAUAAAUAAAUCCCUCAUAUAAGUCAUUUACCAUUUAUAUUUAGAUUUUCAAUACGUUAGAUAAUAGAAACACAUAUAUGUCCAUAAAGGAUAAAGAAAAAACUUUACCCCACAAAAUUUCAUUUAACUUCGAAUCGCAACACAUGUGAUAGUCAUAAACGCGUGAUCACGUGUAUGAUAAUCUCAUAUCACGUUAUUGUAAAAUGAAAAUUUGACAAUAAGAGGAUUCUGUGUGCCACAGGAUUCGUUUAUUACGAUAACUUAAUUUCAUACUAAAUCUUUCCUGGACAUAAUGUGUAAAUCGCUGAACAUUGCUUUUGAGUCUGUGCUUAGUUGUAAUAUUUAUAUUAUAUUUGUAACAUCCACUAGUGGCCUUAACUCUGUAAUUAACUAUCGAUACAUCCAUUAUUUGCAAUUACAUAAACGUAAUCAAUUUCUCUGAGAAUUUUAUAUUAGAUAUCUUUAGAUUAUUUUAUUAAAACUAUUAGGCCGUUAUUAAACUUUAAUAUUAUUUUGCCGAUAGGCCAUUUAUAACUUCAAUAUCAUUUUGCCGAUGUAUUCGUUGUUUACCGAGAUAUAUUUUAUACUUCCGGUCACAAUUCGAGUUCUUCCAACGACUGGCCAAACAACCACAAGUAUCAAUUAUCUCUAAAGAAAGUAAUUCUCGGCAAGAUAGCUAUUUUCUCUCCGGACGGCAUUAUAAUCAUUUCUUUUAUAUCUAGUUAUUUUUAUUCUUUCAUUAUUUAAAAAUACUCUGUCCUCCUAUUUUUAAAGAUCAUUCCAGAUAGUCGUUUAGUACGGAGCAAAGGAGAGUAAAAAUCAUGAAAGUGAGAGAAAGAUUUAUAUAUAUGUGUAUAUAUAUAUAUAUAUUUAUUAUAUAUAUAUAUAUAUAUAUAUUAAAAUAUAUGUAUAUGUAUGUAGGUGUGUGUAUAUGCGCGCAUGUUAUUACAGAUUCGUAUAUUCACACACGCACGUUGCUAUAGCGAGUGAAAAAUAUUUAAGUUAUUUUAAAAUAACAUUUAUUACUAGUCACACGUAUCGUGGACAAAGGCAGCAAAUACGCGAGCCAAUUGUGUAGAAAAAUUAAGAAAAAAGUAUGUACGAAGAAAAAUUUAUUCAGAAAUGGAACAAUGAGAUCGACUAUUGCUAUCUAUAAUUAUUAUGAUUUUAGAAGUUGUGUAUUCAUGUUAACCGACUGAGGGAUAUUUAUAAUUAUUCAUAUUAUUGCUAUAAUUUUGUUAAAAUAAAUAGAGAAUGUAUAUGUACAGUAGGUAUGCCAUUCCAUUCUAAGCACGUUAUAUUUUUCUGCGUUCUACAAUUUAUCUUAAACUCUUAACACACCUUCCACUUCUAUAGAAGCAACCUUAGCACGAUUAUCACACGAUUAAUGAAAAGAAACUUGUGCUUUCUUUCGAUAAUUUGUUAUGGAAUUGCGAUUCUUCUUCAUACAUUCGAAUGUCUCGCGAGAAAAUGAAAACAAAUAAUUGCAUAUCCAUGCGGAAUGAAAGGAAGAGACGGCAAUGAAUCAACCAAAUUUUUCGCUAGUCUAAUGUUUUCCUGGUAUAGACUGUGACAAAAUAAAAUGCGAAUUCGUUAAGAGAUGAGUUGAAAAUAAAAAUCAGAUGAAGAAAA